UGGGGUCACUUUACGGCAGAGCGUGCUGGUGUAGGUCAGGGGCAAGAGACUCGAGAUCAGUCAUCUACAACGAAAAGUCAGUUUUCACUCGGACAACUCACGUCGGAUUCAGCACACGCAUUAACGGGGCCACGUAUAUUGGUGGCGGUGAAGCCAGCAGCUCGUCGUCGAUCAGUUUGUCUUGGAUUUUGACUACUGCGAUUUAGCUUAGCGCUUGCUAACGUUAGCCAGAUCGGCUCGGCUAGCAGCUCCCCACCUGGCUCCAGUUUUCACCAGGUGACCCCCUCGGAUCUUUCACAAAGAUGGACAAUAACUCACAAGGAUUGGGAGGAACCAAAGGAGGUCUCGGGGGUCUCUUUGGAGGCGGUGCACCUGAAUACUCCAACACAGAGCUCGCCGGGGUUCCCUUGACCGGAAUGAGUCCUCUGUCCCCUUACCUCAACGUCGACCCUCGUUACCUGAUUCAGGACACAGAUGAGUUCAUCCUACCCACAGGCGCAAAUAAAACAAGAGGACGCUUUGAACUGGCUUUCUUUACUAUUGGAGGAUCCUGCAUGACUGGGGCAGCAUUUGGUGCUGUUAAUGGUCUCAGGAUGGGCCUGAAGGAGACUAGUGACAUGGCAUGGUCCAAACCUCGUAAUGUACAGAUUAUCAACAUGGUGACGAGACAGGGUGCAUCAUGGGCCAACACUCUGGGCUCUGUUGCCUUGUUAUAUAGUGCUUUCGGCGUGGCGAUAGAGAAGGCCAGGGGAGCAGAAGAUGACAUCAACACAGUGGCUGCUGGCACGCUAACUGGGAUGCUUUUUAAAUCAGGCGGUGGCCUAAAAGGUGUAGCCCGAGGAGGUCUGGCUGGUUUAGCCUUGUCUGGUGCUUACGCUCUCUACAACAACUGGGACCACAUCACCGGCACCUCGUCAUCAUCCUCCAGGCUGUACUGACCUCUACCAUACACAUCUGCUCCCACAUUAGGGCCAAAUAUCUCUCCAGGACACAGCCUUUAACCACAGCGCUAAGAGGAAUUAGACUCUGGUCAAAUGCAGUGUGCCUUUCAUGGGAGUAUGAGUUGGUCCCAGUUCACUGGUUCCUAAACAUAGCCACUGUCCUUUCCAGGAGUAUUCUGGGAAUUAAAAGAUGCGUUUCAAAAUGAAGAUGUGAAAAUGCGGACUAAACUCCACUGGAAAUCCAGAUGUUGACUGUCCUAUCACACCCCCUCUUCAUUUGUCUUUAUCCUCCUAUCCUAUUUGUCACUGAUCUGAUGGUCAGUGACAUGAGGAUGCCAUAUAGAGGUGUGUCAGUUGUUAUUUCAUUGUUUAUGGGAGACUUAUUUGUCUUCUUUGAUGCUAGUUUUGAAAUCAAUGAACCCAUGAAAUUUGGUUUAAAUUGGCCAAUUUGUAAGGUGAAAUCUGGUGUGUGUGAGUGGGGCGCACCAGAUGAAUGGCAGUGGAUUCAUGUUCUGACUUUGGACUAAAAGACUCUUCUGUCGUAGAAGAGCAAAGAGAUUUUCAACUACGAUCUGCAAAAACAGAACUACAGUCAGCUCCACUCUUUUAUUUAUUGAAGCGUGUCUGCAGUGCUUUCUGUUUUACUGUGCAAAAAGAAAUAACUAAAACUGAACUGGAAGUGCUUUUUAUGUGGCUCCAUAAACCCGCUGUAUAAAAAAAUCUAUACUAAUAAAAUGGGAAAUGUUGACAAAGA